UCCGAGAGCAUCGCUAUUGUCUGUGCUCGUCGUUUCCACUUGUCAGUUACAGGGAAGUUAUAGUUUAUAUUCCCUCAUCGACUUUAUCGAAAUAAAGGAAGGAUACUACUUUUUUGUCAUAAGGAAGCUGUGAUAAGGCAAAAAAUGACAAUAAUACAUCAUCAGCCGGCACCCCAACGACAUGAUCAUGAUGAUGGACGUCAGCAAUUCACAACGCAGGGGGAUCUGGGUGGGGAACCUCGACUAUUUGGGCACGAUCUGUCCCUGACCUACGGCGGCUGGGCCGGGUUGAGAGCGCCCGCGUUAGAAAGUGAGGUCUUGUCUGGUUGUCCGUCACCCACUAGGACUUGGGACAUUAACUCUGUUCAUGGCAAGAUGAGGGACCCGUCUUCCUACUCCACUCUGAGCGACCGGGUGGUGGCACCGGCCGAGAAUAGGUCUGCGGACGCGCCGGCUCACGGACGGAUAGCGGAGACGAAAAAUGAGACGGCCUCUACGAGGAGUAAAGCACUUGGUUUCGGUAUUGAUCGGAUACUGUCAAUUGAUUCAAAAAGAAAAGAAAGUCUUGUCCCCCGUCAACCAAUGCCCAUGAUGGCCCAGCCGCAUCAUCGUCUUCCACAACUACCUUGUCUGGCGUGCCAUAGCAUGUCAAUGUUGUCACCUUUACCACAAGCUAACAGGUUUCGACCCCAAGCGAUUAAUCAAAAGUUCAUCAGCAGACACAAUACAUGCAGUAGCUUCCAAACCGGUGCAUUCAGUUCGCCAUUUCCCGCCGUCGAUUUACAUCUUUCAUCGUCUAAACGCAAGCGGUCCUGGUCCAGAACAGUCUUCUCCACAUUACAGAGGAAAGGUUUGGAGAGGCGAUUCAAAGUCCAGAAAUACGUGUCAAAGCCAGACAGAAGACAGCUGGCUGCCAUGUUGGGACUCUCUGAUGCCCAGGUGAAAGUUUGGUUCCAAAAUCGCCGCAUGAAAUGGCGUCACUCGCAAGAAUACAAGAAAGAGAACGGGGAAGAUUCAGAACCAAAGGAAUAGGAUGCAAACGGAAAGGAGACUUUCACAUUCGAGUUGAUUUAUUGACAGUAAAGAUAUGCAUGGUAUUCCCAACACGGGAGCUUUGGAAACAAGACUUGUACAAUACUGAUAUCAUUUGAAUCAGCGAAAGUCAUACCUUUACGUUUAUUCCGUUAUGGUUAACCACAGUUUCACUGACUGUCACUUUCCUUCAUACUGAACUUCCAGCGGUAUUGCCUCCGCACCUCCGCUCAUACGCGCGUUCUCUGAAAGCUGAGCAAUGUCAAUGCAUUGAGGGUCAAGAUGCUUUCCUUUAGACUUGUAGUCUAUUCGCGACUGUCUCAAUCAUUGGAAAGUCGUAGCAAUAACUAGACUUUCCAAUGACCGCGUCAGCUGCGAAAAGACAGCAACGAGUGAGGACUGAUGUGAAAGACUGUCUGGAGAGAAGAGUCAUACAUGUAGUACAAAA